AUGGGUAAAUCCCCCGUGACGACCCGGACGGGCCAAUCCCAGGAGAUUCGGUAGGCGAGGGAGAAGAGAGACGGGCAAUGGGCGUGCCCAAGGAAAAGGGGCUACUAGAACGAGAGGCUCACACGCGACAAGUCGCGCAGCCGGAAUCAACCGAAGUGCGAGUACAUAUUGCCAUGACGCAGACGCGAAAGACUUCAGCAGUACUAAAACCUAAAGCCAACAACAACCAGCAACGCAACGGAUCUCGCACCCAGGGAAGAAACAAGCGCCGAGGAUGA